AUGCACACCAUGCCCCCGGCCUCCACACAGCUUCAGAUCAGCGCCCUUGAUCUAUCUAAUGCGUUUGAGUUGUCCUGGACGCGCAAGCGUCGCCAUGCCGCGUACGACGUUCCGGAUUCAGCCAAAAAGAGUCGGCCCUCGUCUGUGUGUUCCUCGAGCUCCGAUUUCGUCCAGAAACAGCCCCGAGGAAUCCCAGACGUGGUGAUAAGACAGGCCCAUUUUGCCAAAUCCAACGUGUUCGAGCUCCUCGACACCGCCAACGCUUCCGAAGACAUGUAUUUUCUCGAACCAGGCUCGAGCCUGAAAAUUCCAUUCAAUCAACGCGUUUCCUCCUUCUCGCUCCCGAUGAUCCUCACCUUCUUCGGCGUCAGCAAGGUCGACUACCAACUGUUGGACCUGAUGACCGACUCGCAGUUCGAAGGGUGCGUUCUCGGAGUGACAAGCAACUAUGAAGCCAAAAAUAAUUAUAAUUUCCCGAUCCUGGUGGACACUCGCGGAGUGUUGGCCAGACAUUUGCAUUUAUCAGACCCGCUCGGAGGAGGAACUUAUCCUCUGGCCUCGGUGAUGAUUUUCGAUAGACAAGGGGUGGAGUUGGUCAAAAUUCUCGUCAACUACGACUACAAAAAAUACUACAGCUCAGAUAACAGUCUCCGGGAAGUGUUCCAAGACGUGUUGGAGUAUAUUAAUGCACACUAA